CUUAUAUUAGUGAUUUUGAAGCUGCUCAUCAAAUAUAGACAAAAUUUUUAAUUAAUUGUGUCGUUUGGUCCAAUGAACUCUACUCACGAUACCAACCAAUGUCGGACUCUAGAUGUGCCAAGGACACCAAACGUAAAAGGUCUUCUGAAUUAAGUUUCUCUGAACACUUAUCAUCUCGAAGACGUAUCACGUCUUCCUCAUCCUUGCCAGAUAUUUCUAAUCUGUCAGCCGAGAUGGCCACUAACUUUGAUAACAGUCAAUCAAAAAUCCCAUCAUCCUCUUCUUUGACCCCAACAUCUACAGUCUUAAGUUCAUCACCUGACCCAAACAAAAGUACUGGCUCUUCAACAGCUAUAGUUGACUCCAACGGGGAGAUACAAACAUCCGCCAUUAAUGAACUCAGUGUUAAGGCCGUUCAUAGUCAGGCUUUCAUGGGGGCAUUUGCUCCACUUAUUGCAUCUGCAAUCACUCCCCACAUCCAACUUAUCGUUCAAAGCUGUCUCCAGCCCAUUUUAAGUUCAAUUAAGGAACAGCAAAAAGAUAUAGAAGAGCAAAAUGAGGAAAUAAAAACUUUAAAAGAGAGUAAUGAUGAACUAAAACGUAGAGUAGAUGAUUUAGAAUAUGGGCUAGACAACCUAGAGCAGUAUGGGCGCAGACCAUCUCUACGCUUCCAUAAUGUCCCGUUACCUGAGCCAGGCGAGGAUGGGACAAGGGAGCCACUCGACACUGAAUCCGCAGUUAUCCAGAUCUGUGCAGGAAUGGGUGUUACUAUCACUCCUGAUGAUAUAGAUAGAUCUCAUCCUAUUGGUAGCCCAAAACAAAAUAAAAUUCAAAUCAUAUGCAGAUUUAGAAAUUGGAAGAUCAAAAACAGAGUUUACAGCGCAAAAAAACAAUUGAAAAACAAUGUCAAUAAAAUUUUUGUGACGGAAGACUUGACCAAGUAUAGACAAGCCUUAGUUUCUAAAAUCAUACAAGCAAAAAAAUCAGAAAUCGUCCAUAGUUUCUGGACCUACGACGGGAGAAUUUUCAUUAAUUUUGAAAAGAAGGGACACCGUUACGAAGUACGUUCAUUCGAGGAUCUUGAAAAUCUCCUUAACGGGUAAAUGAAUUAUAAAUAACCAAAACAUGUGAGACAUUCAUCAAGACUGCCACUUACAAUCCCAAGGACACAAAAUAUCAAUUUACGUAUCAUAUUAUAUUAUAUGUAGCUAUUAAGCACUACAUUUAUGUAAAUAUAGCACUAUUCACCCACUUGCUCUCCCUUGAUUAUGUCAUUU